GUACCAAGCAGCUCAUCCGAUAAGAAGCAGACCCCAAACUGUCGAAGUCCGUCAUCACCUCGAAGUCGACAUCGCCAAUCAAAUGGUGGUCCUGACGGUGCAUCAUCCAACAUUUUGAAUGGGCAUAUCUCAAAUGGAAAAACUCCAGCAUUCUCUAACCCGACGUUGAUGAACAUUCUCACAGCGUUAUUGGCUGGUGAACAGACAUCCACAUGUUUGAUCACAGCACAGAUGAGCAUGAUAUGUGAGGAUAUUGGAGAGCCCCCAAAAACAUGCAGCGAGAUUCAUCGUUUGGCUUCACAACUUGCUCAAGCAAAUCCUAGUCUCACGCCUGAGCAUAAGAAAGUUUCCGUCAAAGACAAGCAUCGGUCGUUCCGAUCGUUCACGUGGGCUGAUGGGAAGGGACAGGUGGAGAAUAAAGAACGCAUGGUUCCUUGCUCCCAUCCUGGUCACUGUGAUGGAAACUCUCAGUGUGUUUGUUCGUCAGCUAGCGGAAUCUGCAGCAAAUUCUGUGGUUGCCCUCCAGAUUGCCGAAUGCGGUUCCCAGGAUGUCGAUGUGCACCAGGCAACUGUCGAACAAAGCAGUGCCAGUGCUACUUUGCGAGAUGGGAGUGCGAUCCAGACUUGUGCAAGUCAUGCAAGUGUGAUGACCUGUCUAUGGAUGGAGAGAAAUGCCGUAACGUUCCACUUCAGCGAGGUCACCAAAAACUUCUCAAGGUUGGCAUAUCAGGUAUCGCCGGUUGGGGGUGCUUUAUUCAAGAGACGGCUGAUAAGGGUGAUUUGAUUGCGGAGUACACUGGUGAGGUUAUAUCGAAAUGGGAGUCUGAACGACGUGGGCUAAUCUACGACAAGUUCUGUACCAGUUAUAUUUUCGGCAUGAAUAACGAUCAGUUCAUCGACGCUACUCGUGUGGGCAAUCUUAUCCGUUUUGCUAACCACUCCAACAACAAUCCCAACUGCAUGUCUGAGAUAAAAAUCGUCAAUGGAGAGCACCGUAUCGGUGUGUAUGCAAGUCGUCAUAUCGUAUUCGGAGAAGAAUUGUUGUUUGAUUACAAUUACGGCCAAACAUGGAACAAAUUCGUGCCCAUUGAAAAGAGCAUCAAGGCGCAAGCAAACCGAGGCACUCCUGACAGUGAUAGUAGUCGUGCUGCUGGAUCACAAAACAAACCUGAAAAGCUGAGAAGGACGGUGCUGAAGAAAUCCGUGAAAGCUGAACUAAAGACGGCUGACGACAAGAAGGAAUCGACCAAGUCUCACGAUGAUUCGAUGUCUUCCACUAAGUCGUCGAAACCGCGAGGAAGGUCGCAAAGGAAAGCAGAGGUGCGCCGUUGA